AUGGUACAGGGGCACCUGCAUACCUACAGAUUCUGUGACAACGUCUGGACCUUCAUAUUACAUGAUGCAAUGUUCAAGAAUGAUGAUCGUCAGGAGAAUGUGAGACGGGUCAAGAUAGUGGCAUGUGACUCUAAGCUGCUCACUCAUAUAGUAUCCAUGGCAACUUCUAAAGCCGCCCAUUGUUUCCAGCUAGUCCAAGGGACGGAGCUUCAGAUCACUGUCACUAGGUCGCCAAAUGGAAGUAGUGUGAGAGCUGAGUUUCACCUAAAAAACUGCAUGGGUUCUUCAUUGGGGUUGUAUUUACCAAGGAAAUAA